AACAGGCAAAAAAUGAAAAAGUAACGAAAAAAACAAACAAAACAACACAACCAGCUACUACCAUCACCACCGCACUAUCGUAACAUCAUCACCAGUAGUAGUAGUAGUAGUAACAACAGUGGCAGGCACAUGAACAGCAACGUAAACAACAACAGUGUCACUUCUCUUUAUUUAUUCAUUUAUUUAACAUUUUUUUUUGGCUUCUUCUUCUUCUUUCGAAAGAGUAGGAAAUCGCGGUAUUACUAAUCAGUUGUAGUAAAUAUCAGAAACGGCAUUAUUCGGGAAUCACAUGUAGACGGACUGCAUGCAAUGAUAUAACAAUAAUAACAAUAACAACAACAACAACAACAACAUAUAUAUAUGUAUACAUACAUAUACGACGCUGUAUCGGUACAUACGUUGAAGCAUCACUAUCUAUAGCACUGGAUAACUACCGUAUUCAUUUGAUAUAUACAUACAUAUAUGUACUGACCAAACUUAAAAGACUCCGGCAGACUCCACACUCAGCACCAAGCCUGAAGCUGCAACAUCGCACACGGACAACUUUCUGUUCGCGAUGCCCUGGAUUACCGUAUUGACUUUAAUCACCUUAGGAGUUUGUGUUCCAGUACUUAGCAACUGGGCGCCGUGGAGUGCUUAUGGUCCUUGCAUGAAGACGUGUGGUCAAGGGAUUUCAUUCAAACGACGCAUGUGCCAGAGCCGUAAACAAGCUGAUUGCCCUGGAGAACAUACGAAAUAUAAAAUAUGUAACGAUCAGGAAUGUCCCGGUGGUGCUAGCGAUGUACGAAAAUCACUCUGUCAACGUUACAAUCACGUUGCACAGAAAGGAAAAUAUUUGUCAUGGACCUCGAUGGUGGAACCAAAUAACAUCUGCACACUAGUAUGCAAAGCUAAUUCGGGUGGACAUGUUGUAAAGUUGCAGUCUGUUGACUUGGAUGGGAUUGAAUGCGGAAAUGGAUCGUACUGUCUUGGUGGAAAAUGUUCCCCUGUCGGGUGUGAUAAAGUAUUCGGAUCUGAUACUGUUGUGGACAUAUGUGGCGUUUGUGGCGGUGUUAACGCCACGUGUGAUCUCAAAUCAGGCACAAAAGCAGGAAAAUACUAUUGGAAGACAACCUGGGCUCCGUGUUCUGUGACAUGUGGCACUGGUUACCAAGAAGCUGACCUACAAUGUGCCAGUAUAAGAUCCGGAAGGCCCGUGGAACAAAGCCAUUGCGUUCAAACACAAGGAUGGAUAGUGACAAGAAAGCAGUGUAGUAUGCCAACAUGUGAAGCAACAAAUAACCAGGGUCCACUGUCUCGAGUGGACAGGCAACCAUCAAGAGAAUGGAAAAUUGGCAAGUUCGGUCCGUGCACUUCGGAAUGUGGCGGAGGGAUGCAAUAUCGACGUGUCGAGUGUGUUCAGGGAAAUCAAGAAAUCAGCAGAGUCGUCGACAAUAAUCUAUGUCCCCUACCACAUCCAGCCAGCGAACAGACGUGCAACAAUCAUAAGUGUGGAUCUUUGUGGUCCGUUGGUCUCUGGAGCCCAUGUUCUGCAAGUUGCGGUCCAGGACGCAUGAAACGAAGUGUAGUAUGCACAACUAAAAUGUCAGAUGGUCGUCAUUUACCUAUAAAGGAACAUAUGUGUAGAUCGAACAAACCAGAAACUGCAAAACCUUGUUAUACGAAGGCGUGUGAAGUUGAUGCUAAAUAUAUUCCCUUAAUUCGCUCAGAAAAUCUUACCUUUAUUCAAUUAAAGCAGGUUCCAUCUAUAAACGUAAGAGUCGGAUCGAACGCUAUCAUUAUUCCAAAGACGCGAGUUACAAUAAGAUGUCCAGUAAAGAACUUCCCACCACAUAUAGUCAACUGGAAAAAGAACGACUAUAUUUUACCAUUAUAUGGUCGUGUACGUAAAUCUAUGAAAGGAGCUUUGAAGAUUCGUUAUUCGAUAGCAGAAAGAGAUGCAGGAACUUACACAUGUUUUGCAGGUUCUCUACAAGCCAACUCUUCAAUUCAGUUCCAGACGUUGAAGAAAGCUCAAAAAAUCGCUUCAGCUUUUAACUCCGCCGAUGAGGAUUUACAGAGUAAUGUGAAGAAAAAUUACAAAAUGUCUCCCGGAAUUAUAGCUGAUGCGAGUGGAACUCGGCACAAAAAAGUUCAGUUUUUGACCAAAAAAUGGUCUCCCUGUACCGUUUCAUGUGGCUCUGGUACACAGAUGAGAGAAGUGGACUGUGCAAUAAAAACUGAUAGUUAUUUAAAGUUGUACCCAGAUUCAGAAUGUUUGAGAGCUGGUUUACAGAAACCUGGAACUGUUCAAAAAUGUGUAGAAAUGCACCAAUGUCCAACAUGGAAAAUUGAUAAAUGGACAAAUUGCACAGCGCAACACUGUAUUCGGGAUGGAAUUUCUAUGAUAACCCGCCAAGUUGACUGCAUAUUUUCCAAUGGAACUGUUGCUAAACCAUCAGCUUGUCAUGGGGAACUGGUUCCAGAACAUCGUCGUAUUUGUGGAAAUAAUAAAUGCAUUUCCUUGUGGCGUACUUCAAAAUGGACUGGGUGUCGACCAUACUGCGGUCCAACCAGAUACAAAUAUAGAAUCUUGUCGUGUAUAUGGAAACACUCAAAGAAACCCGCUGGAAUUAACUGCAAGAGGAAGCAGAGGCCUCAUGCCCGGGUUGCUUGCGAAAGCAGCUCUUGUAUUAAUGUUUGCCGGGACAAGUCUCGCUACUGCUCACUGGUGACCUACAUGAAGAUGUGUCGUUAUCCUCAGUUCCGCACAGAGUGUUGCCGCUCUUGUCGUAAUCACGUUUACUGGAGGUAUCGUUGACACCACAUUUUGACCUUGCCACACACAUACAGACGUCCGGAGAAAGAGAGAAAAGAAACAAAAAAUAAAUAAAGGAAAUAAAAUAAAAUAAAAUAAAUAUGCAAAGAACAAAACCAAACAACAAUAACAUAGAGAGAUAAACGGAAACACGUGUCAUAAGAGAAGACGAAAUGAAGACAUUUAAUAAAAGUAAACACCAAAUAUGGAUUAUAUGAAAAAUGAAAAUAAUGAAAAAAAUAUAUAUAUAUAUAUUUCUAAAUUAUAAAAAUUGAAUUUUAUGAAAA